AUUUUGACGUUUGGAAACCCCUUUCGGCUUAUAACCUGAUUAAAUUUACAGUCCAAUAAAUUAAGGAGUAAACCGAUCGGACCACAAGGUCUCGAUCAAGUUAAAUUGUUAACUAAAAAAAAAAAAAAAAAUCUACACGGAAAAAUCAACGGGAUGUCCUGUAGCGCGCCUGGUUCUGUCAAUACCAAAAGACAUCUUGGCACAGGCUGUUGUGGAUCAAACUGCACGAGUGAGACAACUGGAUGUUUGGCAUCGGAGCCCAGAAUCCGGACAUGUCUCUGUCAGGAGAACACUGGAUGUAUAGAACGAGGUGAUUGUGGCGGUUUUCAUCCUCGCGGUACAGCCGUAACCGGAGCGUGUCCAGGACCAUGUCAGUGCGCAGAGGAAGAAGCCUGGAAUCGGAAUGCACCACCAAAACCAAAUUGCGAGUGGUAUUCAAAUUUCAGUGAGCUGAGAAGACAAUGGAGCGAUCAUGCUCGUAUGCCCAAAUGCAAGUGUUGCAAUUGUACACCCUGUAAAAAAGCACCACCGUGCAAGCCUUGUCUUCCACCUCCUGAGAAGUCGUUUGAUAUUCAGUCAUGCUGCAACGAUCGUUUAUCUGGCGGAGCCAAUGGCAAAUCAGCAUGUCAUUCAUCAUCGUACGAAGACGACGACGAAGAAAGUGAAAGCGCGUGUAAACCAUGUUCGCCGUCGCCGAGACCAAUACUGAAACCUAGAAGCUGUUGUCAAUGCAUACCAGGAUACUGUAUGUGUCAGCCGAUGCCCCGAACUUGCAAUUGCCCACCACCAGUUCAAGUCGACGCACGAGCCGCAAGAGAUUGUGACUGCGAAUGUCCCUCAUCACCGGAGUGUGCUUGUCCUCCGAGCGAGCGUAGAUUCCCAAGGACCAAGGUCAAAUGUCCAAACGCUCGGAUGUGCUGUUCGACUCCAAGACCUCAUCCGGGGCCUAAAUGUAACUGCACCAAAUGUCAACCCUGUUUACCAUCGCCCUGCGAUCCGUGCACCUCCAGCAAAUGUCGCACGCUGAAACUGAAUUUCAAAUCUUGCGACGGGGGAUCGCCCUGCGAUGAUAGUGCGCCUUGUCGCCCGGAGACACCGAAAUUGCCGCCUUGUAAACCAACGCCCCCGUGCAGCGAAUGUCGAAAAAUGGCACCUUCUUGCCGUCCUCCUCUGCAGGUGGAACAUUUUCAAGAUACCAUGCGUCAGUUCAACGCUCUCAAUCGAUCCCGAACACCAGCGGACUUCAAAUACUCCGAAAAUUCAGCAUCUUUCAGAGCAGGUUGUCAUCAGCCGUUACGUUCCGGAUCUGUCUGUUCGAGCAUCUCCUCUUUCGCGUCUGCAGAUUGUCAAGAAAAAUUCGUUUGCAUUGGCAAUCUUGGUCGAAAAAUUCUUGUGCCCGGACCUCUGGCUCUUCUCUCUUUCUUUCUCCUUCUUCUCGUUGGCCUUACGGGGGCCUUUGGUCUCGCGUUCAAACGUCGACACAAAUUUCUGAAAACGAUAUGCAAUAAAUGAUUUAAAUAAUUUUCA